AAAAAUAGCUCAUGAGGGAAUCGGGGAAGACGGUAGAAGCACAUGGGUAACAAGAUCUUUUCCUCCCACCACCCGCCCUCCCCCUCCAACUCCGUCGACCCUGCCGGCGGAGGCGGAGGCGGAGGCGGCAUGGACCGGUGGACCGGCGUCCUCCACGUACCUCUCUCACGAGGCGGCCCCCUCUUCCGCGUCGCCGCCUCGCUCAUCCUCUUGUCCGCCAAGACGCUUGCAGUUCCAAGGGCCAACGCGGUCCUCUUCAUGGGCGACCGCGUCCGCGGCACCGGAGACCCGGUGAUCGAGCGGCUCUCGGACGCGGCCCACCUCGCCGGGGUCCUCGCUGGAAAGCUCUCCGGGGAUACCAACGCAUGGGUGAUUGAUGCGCCUUGCUUCGCCGGGCCAUUUGCGGUCUACCGACUGCUUGUCCCGUCCGUGGACGCCGCUGGCGAUCCCAAGGGGUAUGAUCCCAAUGGCUUCCCUGCCGCGGCGGGCAUAGCUAGCAUCUUGGUGCAUGGCAUUGGUGAGCAGAUACAAAAUAAGAUCUCGGGGUGCUCAUUGAAGGACUCUCCUGUCAAUCAGCAUCCUGCAGCAUCAUUGUCAUCCUAUUGUCCUCCUAGGACUAUCAUCCUGGGGUUCAGUAAGGGUGGAGUUGUUGUCAAUCAGCUUGUGACAGAACUUUCUUGUUGGGCAUCGAAACCGAUGAAAAGCUCAGUUGAUGUUUCACGACCAGAUCCAUCUCAUGUGACCCAUAGUCUCCUGGUUCCUACUUCAACCAGUGAUGUUUUAUCAAGUAUUUCUGAAUUCCAUUAUGUGGAUGUUGGCCUCAAUUGUGCUGGAGCGUACAUUACUGACCAUACAGUGAUCAAGGAGUUAGGCCAUUAUGUUUUGCAUACUAGUAGGAACCUCCAUUUUGUUCUUCAUGGUACUCCGAGGCAGUGGUCUGAUCCAAACCGCCUGUGGAUCAGGAAGGAGAAAGACAUUAUGACGCAGCUGCUUCGAGAUGAGACUCAAAGGUGCGAAGGGAGACUUAUGGCAUCUGAAAAGAAGUAUUUUGAUAGUAGACCGUGCAGUCUGCGGAUGCAUUUUGAGAUUUUGGAAGCAAUGGACAUCAGCUGAUAUUGGAUCUGUGCAGCUUGUAGCCUUGGACCCUCCUGAUGUACAAAUAACAGAAUGUGGAUAUGCUUGAGGGUUUUUUGUUCUUUCCUCCAUGCUUACUUCAAGGUAGUGCCAUUCCGUUAGUCGUCCUGUAUAUGAGAAGUCAUAGCUGAACAAUCAAAUACAGUUCAAUACCUCAAAUCAAACGAUGUACGGAGUAUGUCAAUGGAUUGCUUUAUCGAUGGACA